AUUAGUCUUAACAAUUCGAAUUUGCACUGUCAUUCUUUUUCAACAGUGAAGACACCGCUAAUUUAUUUAAAGUUUAUGUAAAGAAAAUAUCAGCAACACCCCAGUACCAAAAUGUCGUCGUCGGAUGUACAGACGUUAAUGGAGAUGGGAUUUUCACAGAAUAGAGCUGAGAAGGCUUUGGCCAAAAGUGGUUACAAAGGAGUCCAGCUAGCAAUGGAUUGGCUAUUUGCUCAUGAAGAUGACCCCGACAUUGAUGAACCAUUUGAGGCACCAAAAGGAGUUGUUCUAGGAAAGCAAGACGAUGGUUCUGGGCCUUCAAAUACUGAGCCUACUGAGGCCAGCUCUGAUGCAGGGGGAGAUCAAGCGCAGGCCCGCUCCCUAAAGUGUGAUGUAUGUGGAAAACUUCUUAAAAGUGAGUUGGAUGCGCAGGCUCAUGCUGCGCGGACACAACAUGACCAGUUUUCUGAAUCCACAGAAGAAAUCAAACCUUUGACAGAAGAGGAGAAGAAAAUACAAUUAGAAAAAUUACAGGAAAGAAUAAAGCAAAAAAGAUUAGAAAGAGAAGAACAGGAGAAAAAAGAACAACUGGAACGGGAAAAGUCACGCAGGAAAACUGGGAAGGAACUCGUUGACAUAAAACAAAGAAUGGAAGAGCAAGAAAUGAAGAAAAUAGCAGAGCAAAGAAGAAGGGAGAAAAUGGAAGAAAAGCAAGCCAGACAACGAGUUAAAGAGCAGAUUGAGAAGGACAAACGAGACAGAGCAGCAAAGUUUGGUUCAGGGGGUCAGUCAAGUGCUCCUGCACCUAAUAAUACCCCUGCCCCUGCCAGCACGCAACCUCCACCUGCUGCAGAGAAGAAAGACUAUUCUGAAUGCAGAUUACAGAUCAGAUUAACAAAUGGACAAGCGUUAACACAGACAUUCUCAGCCAAGGAGCCUCUAGCAGCUGUGCGUGUGUACAUUGAGACCAACAGGACAGACGGAUCAGGACCCUUUUCCCUAAUGACUAAUUUUCCCAAAAAAAUCUUCCAAGGAGAUGAUUUUGAAAAACCUUUAGAUGUUUUAGGAUUAGUACCAUCUGCUGUACUUAUGGUGAAAGGACAAUGAUGCAGAUCCCAGGUACAUGAGUAAAAAUUCACCUACAUGUGCCAAGCAGAACCUAGGUGUGAAGAAUUAGUGGACUUUGUUAAUUGGUGCAAACCAACUUUAAUUCUAUGCUGUUUGAAAUUAUUAUGUAUCUAUUUCAAGGUUUUUCAAAAUUUCAGAUUAUUAGCGAAUUUGUCAUUAUUUGAUUACAUGUAUUUUUUAAACAUGUGUAUGUAUUUUUACGUUCUUCAUAACCUCUGACAGUUCUCUGUUGAAUCACAUUCAUGUAAUUACAAGUACUGCACUGAGAAUGCUGUCAAUACCAAUUAAGGUACAUACCAUGUAUUUGUAUGGACAUGUUUUCAUGUUGAUAAUUUGUGAAAUUUUGAUUGUUUAAACAAUAAAUAAAAUUAAUUAAGCUUAUUUUUAAGCUUAAACAUUA